UCUUGAAGCAGUCAGCGCGGAACGAGCGGCGCAUGCGCACGUUCUCUACCACCAGAAUACAUGCGCGAUCGCGUGAACUGUGCUAUCUAUCGUGCCCGUUACAAUAGUGUUUCAUAACAGUGCUUGUUUAUUUUUUUAAUUUGAACGCAUUUGGACGUGCCUUCGACAGCCAACGACUCUGCAAGGAGAUAUCGACCGUAUCGUUUCUAAUGUCGCCCGACACAGGGGCGUACCAAAGGAAACGUUAUAUAUACGAGUAACUAGACGACAAUGCGACGGCCUGUCCACACUGACACGUGAUUGUCCGCCAUCUUGACUGAUCAUAGACAAGCUGUUUUACUGGAUCAAAGAUGGCGUCCUUACUAUGGUGUGUACUGGCGUGUACGCUCGCGGUGGCGCGGGCCCAAUCCAAUUAUGGUUCGCAGGCGAACAAUAUAGAGUACCAGGGCGAGGGUCUCCCUGAACAGACUGUAUUGGACGGAAAGGUCACAAAACUGGACGAUCUGAGUCCAGUAAUCUUCUUGAAUAGAACGAAGGCGGCCCUCAACUGUGCUGCUGGUUCAAUGCAGGUUGAAUUGAAGUUCAACGAGAAAUUUUACGGUAUCGCGUAUGCGGACUUUGAUCGCCACUCGGCGUGCCAGGUGGUCGGUAAGGGAGCGCUCUCCUACAAGCUAGAGCUACCCUUGAAGGGAUGUGGGACGAAACAGGACCCUCUACGCGUGUUCACCAAUAACAUAGUGGUGAGGUUCCACCCAGGUCUCGAAAUGGAUGGUGAUGAAGUUAUCACCAUCGUGUGCCGUUACCCACCACCGAUCGUGCCGCAGCCGAUUCCCAAUCCAUUUAUAGCAGUGACCCCGCGGAGUCCAUUGCCGAUUCAAUCACCGUUGGCCGGCACGCAUAUACUGAUGAUCAUAUGCGCUAUCCUAUUCCUAACAUUACUGCUACUGGGCCUGGGUGUGUCGUACCUCUGCCUCAGGAGACGAGCCUUGCCACCGCCGAGACGGCUGAUUGACGACUCCACACCGUCAAUAGCUAGCAGCAUUCAUACUGUGAAGAUUCCUCGCGCAACAUAUCCACCGGCGGCGUUGAGGCAAGAAACAGUUAGUGUAGCUUCCGAUACCAUCCCGUCGGACUACCCCUCCGAGACACCAAGCGAAGCUGAACAAACUCACACUAAUGCUGCGUUCACACUGGACGAACACUACAGUGAAGGAUAUGGGGAGAUGCACGAGACAAGUACGUCCCACAGCCGGCUGGUGGGAGCACCACCUGCUUUCGAUGUGCACGUGCGCGUGCAGCAGCCUCCAGUUCCACCUUCUCCGCCCUCUACCAUCACUGCUACAGAAACCGACGGCGGCAGCAUCAGGCAAUCGCUGAUGAUGGAGCAGCAUGAACGAGAGCGGCAGGAGUCUGUACGUACAGUGUCGCCAGGGGCUCUGCCCCUGCCGGCUCGCGCUGUACACCUUCCGCCCCCGGAAAGACCACCCCGUCCAGCGCCGUACGCCCCUCGCCAGGAGUGGUCGAGGCCGCCGAGAUCUAUAGUCUCAUUGAACACCGAGAUGACGGAUACCCACUCCGUUACAGAGGUCACUGACCGAUCUCAUGCCAAGAUGUUCCACAUAAAGAAACCACCCCCGCCACCUCCAAUGAUGAGCGAGCAUCUGCAGACGGAGGAGCAAGAGAUGUUAAUGGAGAGUCUCGAACCAAUUCCAGAAACACCAAUUAUGCCAGCCAGGAAACCAGAAAUUACGUCUCACUUAGUGGACGAUGUGUUCCUUCGCACGAUCACCGAGAAGAAGACCAUCGAAGACAUCGAGAGGCACAAGCGGCUCGUGACAGAGUACAAGCAAGUGCCACCGUCACCGCCGCAGUUCGACGUCACCAUACGGAACCAUACACUGCCUGAGGCGCAGUGGGAGAACUUCUCAGAUAUCAGCAGCGCUUCGGGAAUGACGCUCACGCCGAAGAUGGAGAGAGUUCCAUUGUCAUUGCCGCCACAGAAGUAUAUAGGAAAAGGCGGACCGGACUUAUUCUCCCCCGAGCUUAUCAAGCAGACAGGCAAUGUGUACCCACCCCCGAGGUCGCCCAACGAGCUGCCAAUACUGCCAGAACUGCCUCCCGCUCGCAACCCGCUCUACAGGGAAGAGGAUGAUGAGGAUGUACCAGAACCAAUACCAGCACCUCCAGUGCCACCCAACUGGAGUGUUUUGACCAGAGUGUUGAAAGUUGAAGCACAGGAUGAAGUGGUGAGCGAGACGGAGCGAUCUAUGCGUCUUACUCGCGCGGAGCGUCUACGCUGGCGCGAGCUGAUCUCACAUGAGAAUACGCUGCGGCGAGAACUCGCACGGGCGAGUUCACGGGAUGAGUUCACACGCGUGGCGCACGACCACCGGUUCGCGCCGCUGUACGCACCCCACAAGUGGGAGGUCAUCAUACGGAUCCUCGCACCACCGCCAGACAGGCCGAAGAACCGGUACCGCAAGAAGAGCGAGUGGGACUCGAGGUCCCGGCGCAGUUCGCUGCCGACGCUGUACGAGUACGACAGCGACGCGGCCUCACUGCGGGACCCGCAACGCUCGCGUCGCUCCUCCUACCGCAGCGACCACGUCGACAUGAGGUCGAUGUCAGAGAUGAUGGUGGACUACGCCCGUGAGCAAGCGGACACGCACUCCGAGGUCUCGGCGGGGACACAACUCGGCCGGUACUACGACGAUGACAGCGACACCGAGCAUCACUUCCAUCCGAGCCAGUCGUGGGGUAGGCAUUCAUUGCAUCGGUCUGUGAGUCAGCCGUCGCUGGCGCGUUCAGCGACCGAAGUGGUGGAACAAUGGACGGUUCCGGACGGUGACGUCACACCUACGCCUGGUCGACGAGUCAGAGGACCGCAGGGACUGACUACAUUUACGUCAUCAGAAGUACGCACAUUCCAAGCCACGAAGGAAUGGCGCGAAUAGACUUAUGAACAGUUUGUAAUAGUCAUUAGAUAAUUUAUCCAAUGCCUAUUGGAAUGUCUUUUAAAUAUUAAGCUUAAUGCUCGCAAUAAAAAGUAAUUGCGUCAGAAUGAAGUAUUCCAUGCAUUGGGUACUGCAACUUUACUGAUUUAAUCUGGCUUCACAUUAUUCGGUUUACUCGGACUACUGCUUAUGUAACCUUAUUUGAUUGGUGGAUUUAGUCUUAUGCCACAAGUGGGUUGGAAAUGGGCCAAUUAGAAUAGGAUAGAACUGUCAGAUCCUAAUAAUGUGAGGUCAGAUUUAUUUCUGCAUUGAUCUGAUAAUAAGAUAAAGGAAAGUGUCUUUAAUGAAUGAGAAUGAUGAAUUUAAAUCGAUUCUUUAAAGUGUUGAUGACGUAUCAUAGGUGCGUAAGUGUAGCCAGGUAUAAGAAGAGAAGAGCGGAGGUACGCCUCUCCUUCCUACCUAGAUUGAAAUGAAUUUUAGAGCAAAAAUUUAUUGUAUACAUUUUUUUAAAUUUAUUGUUGUCAUCAACUUUACUUCACCCCCCUCCCUGAAAAAGUCCUGGCUACACCCAAGUGACGUAUGCUCAAAUUACUCAAGUGAUAAACCUCACUGCCUUCCGUAUAUGACAAUAUAUAUAUAUAACUAUAAGUAAUAUAUUAAUAGAUUUAUUUUAGCAAAUAAUAACGUGUGACGCACAGUGGUGUGACUGUUUAGCAUACCUCUGAUGGUCGCGGGUUCGAUUCCUCGCUCGGUACAAACAUUUAUUCGUUAGUAUGAUUGUUUGUAUCGGUCUGUGUGUUGUCUCUGUAUAUUAUUUAUGUAUUUAUAGUUUAUAUGUAUAUAUGUCUAUCCGUUGCCUAGUACCUAUAGCACAAGCUCUGCUUAACUUGGCACUAGAUGGCGCUGUGUGUGAUUUCUCCAGGGAUAUCAUAAUAUUAUAUCUAUUCAUUAUAAUUCCAAUAAUUAUGUUAUAAUAAAACAUAAGAAACAUAUAUUUAAAAAAGAUAUUAUACUUACACACGUAAAAAGGUAGAUUUUAAUAUUUUUUCAAUUGUAACACCAUAUGAAAAAUAAUACACAAAUAUUUGAUAUGGCAACACUAAUAUUCUAUAGAUAGGUAUAUAAGAAUAGUAUAACAUUGAUUUAAUAAGCAUGUAAUUAAAAUUUUAAUAGUUUAUUACAAACUAACGUUGUGCCAAAAUACAUGUUUAUAUUGCUUCCCUAACAUAAUUUUUUAUUCCUCAUAAACCAUAAUGUGAAUAUAGCUUUUAUAUUUCAGUAAGUAUACUUUUUUUUAGGUUAUAUAUAUAAAAAGCUUCUUGAACAUUAUGACCAGUGUUAGAUAAGUUUAUAAUACAUAAUAUU